AUUGGCUGCCUCGCGCUUCACGCGCCGCGGCCCGGGCUCGUGCAGCUCCCGGCUGGAAACAAUGUAGCCGCGGCGCCUUUCCGCCAGCCCCAGGGCGCAGGGCAGCAGCUGCAGCGGCAGUACCUAGGAGCCCCAGCCAUGGACAAGGACCCCGUUGUGUUAGGCGCUAUACAACCGCAUUGUGACUCCUAAAUGUUGCAUAGAGAGUAGAAGUGAGAGGGUUCACUGCCCUUUGUACACAGCUGGAAGUGGGGAAACCAUGAACAUCACCACAUCGCUGUACAUCCCACAACAGGAUUUUAUAAACGAAAGAGCACGCUCCCAAGGUUGAACGCUUACUUCCCUUCAAAGGGCCAUGGAGCCGGGCAGCAUUGAUAACUUGUCCAUCCUGUACCAGAGCUCUGACUUCAUUGUGGUCAACAAGCACUGGGAUGUUCGCAUCGACAGCAAGAUGUGGUAUGAGAAGCUGACCCUGCAGAGCCAGCUGAAGUACCGUUUCCCAGAGCUGGCUGACCCAGACACGUAUUAUGGCUUCAGGUUUUGCCACCAGCUAGACUUUUCCACCAGUGGGGCCCUCUGCGUUGCUCUCAAUAAAGCGGCUGCCGGUAGCGCGUACAAGUGUUUUAAGGAACGGAUGGUGACGAAGGCCUACCUCGCUCUGGUCAGGGGCCACGUGAGUGAAAGCAGAAUGACGAUCCGUUAUGCCAUAGGGAAGAACACGACAGAGGGCAUGACCCACAUGAUGUGUAUUGAAGGGACAGAAGGCUGCGAAAAUCCAAAGCCUUGCCAGUCAGAGCUAAGCGUCCUCGAGCAUGGUUCAUACAGUGGUGACCCGGCAACUAAAGUGCUUCUACAACCACUGACGGGCCGGACACACCAGCUCCGGGUUCACUGCAGUGCCGCUGGACACCCCAUAGUGGGAGACUUCACGUACAGCUUUAAGAAGGACAGUAACCCGUACAGAAUGAUGCUCCAUGCCUCCUACCUGCGGAUUCCUACCAGGAAGGAACUGAUUGAGGUGAAUGCUCCUGACCCCUUUCUGACCUCUCUGGAUAGCAACUGGGUCCCUCACCACACUGUGCACCGACUGGACGAGAUGCUUCAGGAAUUGAAGGACAAGACUAUCCGGGUAGAGGAAGAGGAGAGGAACCAGGAAGCAUUGCUUCGUAGUGGAGGAGAAGAGAUGCCGAGCAAAGCCAAGAGCCUGGAGACGGAGGAAGAACGAGCCCAGUGUGAGCAGUGGUUGGCGGAGUGGGCCUUGGCAUGAGAUGCUGCUCUUGCUGUGCAUUUCAAACCCAAUAUUCCAUUUCUCACUGUGGGACGUGACAGACAAUCCCCCCCGCACCCCAGGACCCAACACCACCUCCUCGUCAGCACGUUUUUAUGCCGAGCUAUCUUAGAAUGAAUCCUCCAAGGGUUCGUUUCCGGGACUGAGAUUUGACUUAUUUUAGCAUCAAGUAGGAUUUUGUUUAUUGCGAGUCAAGCUCCACCCCACCACGGGAUGCACAUUCUCCUUGUUCUGCAACUCAGCUACGGGAUUUGAAUGGCGUGCACCAUACCAGAAAUGAGGCAGAAGCCCCAGCGGCCUGCACCUCUGUAUUAGCGCUAAACUGCUGGGAGGGGUUCAGCAGAGCUGAUCCAUUUAGGGCGCUCGUGCAGGGAACGGUGGAGCGCCUUUCAAACCUGUAGUACUAAACCAUUGCCAGGAUACAAUCAAUUUAUAGGGAAUCAGUAAUGGAGACGAGAAGGUGUGGACCUUACGCCUUUCUGGGUGGAAUCUUUGGAUCUGCUUUCGCUUCCCCGUUCCCGCCUACUGAUCAUGACCACUCACUGAGUCCUGUUAGCUAUUGCUGUCUUCCAGUGCAGGGUAUGAAGAAGUAUCCUGCAGCAUUUUGCAUUGAUCCCACUAAAAGGAUGAGAGUCCUGCCAAUCGGCCAUGUGCUUUGCCAAUGUGGGUAAACCCCAGUGAAACAGAGCAUCUGGGAGGGUCCUCUCAUUGGAGGGUAGGACUCACUACCUUUCCCAAGUCUGCAUUUAGACCACUUUUAUUCUUAAAAGGUUUUAAAUUGAUGAAUCCUAAUGAAUUUUAAACUUUCUAAGGAAAUUGAUACUGAAUACAGUCCUUUAACAGUUCUGCAAUGCUGUCGGUCUCAGAUAUUUGUAACAUCACACUUCUAGUACACUGGCACCGGUAGCAGAUUAAAAAUAUCCAAUGCCCCAAAAAGUUUUCCUACAGGUGGUGAGAUUUUAUUACAUACUUUACUUAUAUGCUCCUUUUCUAAGAGCCUGCUCUUGCCUGGAGAUGCACAUGUCACUCCUGCUGUGACUAAAAAUUGGCAUUCCAGGCAAUUCUCAGCAGACGAACACAAUCCUAAGUAAAUUCAUGAGAAUCACCUUGUUCUUCUAAUGCCUGUGACAGGGUACUGCCUAAAAAGAAAAGGAGGAGUUGUGGCACCUUAGAGACUAACAAAUUUAUUUGAGCAUCAGCUUUUGAGAGCUACAGCUCACUUCAUCAGAUGCAUACUGUAGCUCACGAAAGUUUAUGCUCAAAUAAAUUUGUUAGUCUGUAAGGUGCCACAAGUACUCCUGUUCUUUUUGCAGAUACAGACUAACACGGCUGCUACUCUGAAAAGGGUACUGCCUGGCUUUCAUCACUAGAUGGUGCCUUAGGCAGUCUCAGGUAUCACAGACCAUUUGUUUAAAUUGUCUUAGGACUUCAGCAGUGAGAGUAGAGGAAAAACACACAAAACUAAAGGAAUGUUAAGGGGCUGGUGAACACAAACCAUAGCAAGGAAGGCUGGGACUCAGGGUCUCUGUUUUGGGAGAGUCAAGAGUUGAAGGGAAGCCUUAACGGAGAAUUUCCUUGCUUUGCAAAUCUAAUUCAAACCUUCAGUGUUGCUGUACUUGCCAUUUUUGUGUUUUAAUUUUCUCCUUCGGCUUUUAACGGUAGUUUUAAAAUAAUGGAAUAAAACUGUAAUGGAAUUCUGUGAGACAGUCCAUAGAUUAUUGGGACAAUAAACCACAAUCACCCAUUCAAUUCUAUUGUGACCUGUGUAUCUUAGCUAUUUACAUAGCACAAGUCACCUUAGUAUCUAAGCACUGAGCUGUCACAUCAGUGCAUGCCUUUCGGGUCCCUUAAUCCCCAGUCUAUUGUGGAUCUGACAGUGCACGCUGUUUCAGUGUUGUUAUAGCCGUGCUGAUCCUAGGAUAUUAGAGAGGCAAGGUGGGUGAGGGAAUAUCUUUUAUUGGACCAAUUUCUGUUGGUGAAAGAGAUGAGCUUUUGAGCUUCUACAGAGCUUUUCUUAAGGUCAGAGUAAAAUAGAUUCGCUCACCCACCUUGUCUGUUCCCCCAGAUGACAAAUAGAUCUACUGGGAGAGGUGAAAAGAACUUCACCGCUCUCCAGGGGCCAUGGAAACAUAAAUGUUCUGUUGGGUCACUUAAAUCAUGCUUAGUUUUUGCCCCUCAGAAUGGCUCUGGCCACCUAUUUCCAUGGACGCCAUUUGAUACAUCCUCAGUAUUGUCUCAGCUGCCAAUGUAAUGCACGCAGGCUCGCUUGUUUCCAGCAUUGUAGCUGGUAUGUUCUCCUUCUGGAGAACAUGUAGCUCAGACUGACACACCCAUCGGGAGGAGGAUUUGUGUCUUAGAGAAUUACAUCUCAUUGCACCAAUGGAUGCAUGUGUGUGCCUGCAGCUUCCAGUAGCCGUAUGGAAUUGCUAUGAAAUGGGUCUUUGAGAUAACAGUUCAUCAUCCGAGCUUUUGAUGCAUUGAUAGGAGAAUCUUCCUGUUUGGCACUUUAUUGCUUGAUAUUUUGUGUGUGUGUCGUAGAGUUAGGGCCAGUUAAUACCUGGUGGGUCAUUAUUUUUCAUGGUUCUUCCCUACGCUAUUCCCACUCAUAUCUGAAGCAGUGAUCAGGUGAUCAGUGAAUGUGAAUUGACGCUGAGGGACAUUUGUUAGGAGCAAAGCAUUCAACAGAUUUUAGUAGCUACAGGAAGCAGAGACUCUAGCUUGGUUUGCUUUAGUAUCGGACCGUCCCCAUUGAGUAUCCUAGUUCAGCUGCUGAUAUUUUGCCAGGCAGGCAGAGGCUCAUCCAGUAGAGAACAUAUCUCUUGCUCCAGAGACUGCUGGAGAUUGUGUUAGUCAAAAGAUGUGACAUGCAUCAGUUGGCUGGGACAUGAUCUUGGGAAGCAAUUCACGGAAUAGCAUUAGCACUGGCUCAGGGCAGUCCUGAUUAUCAGCAUUACUGGCUGGAGGUUACGUAUCGCAGCUAUGCAGGCUAAUGGUAGCUGCCUGUUUGGAGGCAGACAGAAUGUUUGUGGAAGUAGAGGACCAGAGAUGAGAAGUUCUGUGGACAAAACCUCUAAGACUCUUAUCAAUAAUGGUCCCAGUCUCACCUACCUUUGUCACACAUAUGCACAGUGAUGGGGGAAGCGUAGGAAGUGGAGCCUGUUGGGAAGUAGCCUGAUGAGAUUCCUUAAACUGUAAGCCAAUGAUUAGCACCAAUAUACUGAGUAAGUGACUUCCCUGAUCAGUGUGGGAAGGUGAAAUUCACUGUGGUGGAGAGAUCACACAGAAAGUCCUGGCAACACUUACGUCCUUAACAUAGGGCCUUGUGCAGGGCACGUACACUGGGGUGAAUUGUACCCCAUAAGAGAUAUAGAAAGUGUCUUCCAGCUGAGAUAUGCUCAGCAUCAAUCCUACCAGCUCAGCAGCGGUGUGUGUGAUGGGGGCCAUUUGGCUCACAUUGGAGUGUGACUGCCCGUUGGCCAUGAAGAUCUCAAUUUGUCUUCGCUGUGGUGACCCAUAACUCACACUCUCCCCCACGCAUACACGCAAAGAGGAAAGUAAGCCAUUGUACGGGGAAUCUCACUGGUUAGGUGAGCACACCCUAGUGUUUGUUCACCGGUUGACGGGCAAAACUUGUCCCAAAUAUUUAAAGUCUUGAAAACAUUCCAUUCAGAACCCUGUGGACCAAAUGUUGGUGCAAAGACCACAGCAUCCCCUGUUUGUUCUGCACGCCUGGGAGGGUUUAGACUUUAUGUAUUGCACUUUUAUCCAGUGUUGCAGGAAUCAGAGAUGAAUAUUUUUUUCCUGAAAUUUUAUGAAUUGUGGAUUGAGAAAUAUAUUUUGCAGUAAUGCUUUUACACUGCUUCCACCGUUGAACUCCAUUGUACAGUGUUUGCUCUCCUUUAGCUCCUCAUCUGUGUUUAUCAUGUGGUAGAGAUUUGACGGUUACUUCCCUUGGGUAAUUUGCUAGGAGCCCUAGGUCGAUCUAUUUAUAUAUUUAUAAUGUGGCAUGGGUAGUUUUGGUGGGAGUGUUUUGUGACAUUUUGUAAACCUUGGGAUAAUCCUUGUUGUUUAUUGUUAAUGCAUUUGUGGACAUUCCUGUAAUAAACCACUAAGUGUGCACCGUG